AGCAAAAUUACAUAUUAAAAGUUUCUGGUCGUUGAAUCAACUUUUAACGAGGGAUUUAUUUGUGUAGAAACACCCAGCAAACAGAUAUAUUUUUAUCCACGUUGUCAAAAUGGAGAGAGAUCGAGAUCUGGCUGAACAACUGCGAGGUUGGGCCUUGGACGAAAUGCGAUUUCGAUCGCAAGGAAGACAUAUUAACACAAGUGUACCAUCGAAGGACAAUUUCAAGAUGUUAUGCCGUGGAGCAAUGGUGGAUGUUUGGAAGUAUGUGUUGCAGUAUGUCAGAUCUACAAGAACUGUGCAGAAGAUCCAUGGGAAUUUGAAGUUACAAAAGCUGAUCCAUGAACAAGGACCUCCUGUAGUUGAUAAAGCAGAUUAUAGUGAAAGAGGAGAUCUCAAAGAGAAACAUUCUCAGUUAACUAAGGAGCUUUUGGAAGUGAGAAUUAAAGUGCACCAUCUGGAAAAAGAAAUGAGGGCCUUGCAGAAGGAGAUUCUUGAGGCUGAAGAGGCAUAUUCUGAAACCACCCAGGAAAUUUCUGAUCUUACAAAGAGAACUGCUUUGCUAAGUGCCCAUUCCAAGCAGUGCAGGCGGUUGGCAGAGUUGUACAUGGGCCUUGCCAAACAGAUCAAUGACAAGAGUACAAUUUACAAGGAUAUUGCAAGAAAAAAACCAGCAGAUCCAACAUAUUAUACAACACAAGGAAUCAUAACUGGGAGAAUGCAAACAUUUACUGCAACUGAUGGGCGAUCAACUCCUACAGGAUUGGAAUCAACUUCGACAGGUUGAGGAUGCAAGUCGGAGAGAGAUUAAAGAUCAGUUAUGGACUGGAAUAGAGAAUGCCUUGUCUCAACACAUGGCAAAAGACAUCCUCACAUCUUUGUGUAGAAUAGCGGAGGACUCUGCAAUCAGCCUGCAGGAAUUGUCUGUGAGAAUUGAUCUAAAGAAAGAUGCUCAACAACUCAAGAAGGUCAAGCUGCUCAUUUCCAAAGGUUUAUUGAAUCUGAAAGAGGACUUAAUCAAGCCUGGCGAGGAAGGCAAAGACUUCAAACUCUCCAGCAACAGUUGGAGGGUAAUUUUGUUGCCAGUUACCAAGACUCUCCUGGAAAUUUUGAACUGGCAAGAGUUUUGCUUCACAAUGAGUUAGAGCUGGCAGCAUCAAAAGCCUCCUUGGAUUACAUGAAGGCAGCGAUAGCUGAACUGGCCGAGUGUAGAAAUGAAAGGCAAAGGGCCAAGGAAAUCCUGAUCAUGAAACACAAAAAGAUACAAGACUUUGAAAGGCUAGCUCAAACAAAACAGUCUUUGAUUCAAGCUCUUGUCAAACAAAACUCAAACGCCAGAACAAGGAUCGAGAAUCAAAAACAGGAGCUCCUCCAGUACAUGCAGCAAAAGAUCUGCUCGCACGAGGCACACGUAGUUGCCAUGACAAAACAGCUACAGAACAGUACUGCACGGGAGGUGGACAAGUUUGCUGCGUUACCUUUGGGUCAAGUUCAUUAUUCCGGUGUGGACAGUGCCAGAAGAGUUCCAGUCAGUGAAUUAUCAAUUAACCGCUUGGAGAAUCUCACCACCAGUGCAGGCGGAGGACCAAUCAGAGCUGUUUUAGACAGUUUGGACUUUCCAAUGUAUAAGGCCCCUGAAGAACUGCUUCCAACAACCAUGAAUCUAAAGGAGAAAGUUGACGACGUGAAGAUUCUGGUACAAUCACGUAAUAGCAUGUUUUCUGAAGUCAGCGGUGAGGGGUCAUGUGAUAGGAUGGUUGUGCAUUUGAACGGCUUGCGGAGAGAAGUUGCUGAACAGGACCGCGCUCAACUUGAUUACAUCAUGCCACUGAUACAGAAAGGCCUCAACAAAACCACCAAAGCUUUGUCAGACUGUAUCUCUGUUAAGGACGUUGUAAGCUCAUGGUGA